GCCUCUCAUUUCCAACCAGUAAGCAGGCCUGCGAAUGGUCCGCUUGCUUCUGGACUCUCCACUUCCGUUCACUUGACUCUUUGGUGAGCCAGAAGAAACGUUGCUGGUUGUCUCAUCAUAAUUACUGUUCAGUCCUAGGACAGUAGUUUCCACCUCCUCAAAUUGCUUAGACUUUUUAUUUCCCAGAGACCUCUUGGCUUUCUGUUGUCCGUGAUGUACAGGCCUGGUAUCCGAGCCGCCACCACCCCUCAUGGUGCCGCCGCCACGUCACCACGCGCCCCGCACGCACGCGCGCGACCGCGAGGUCGCUCCUUCCCGGCCGCUUCCGGCCGCCUCCUCACGGCGGCCGCGGGCCCCGAGCGCCGCGGCGCCGCGGCGCCGGCUGCCUUCAGGCCGCGAUCGGGCCGUCCCGUGCGGGGAGGCCGCGCGAGCCUGCGGUACGUAACCGGCCGGCGGCGGACCAACGAUGCGCGUCAUGGCGGGAAGCCGCGAGGCUGGUCCCCGCCUCUCCCCCGCGCCCCGGAAGAACAAGCGGCUGCUGGGAAGAUGGCGGCGGCGGCGGCAGCGCCGGUGUGCGUACUGGUGCUGGGCAUGGCCGGCUCCGGGAAGACCACCUUUGUGCAGCGACUCGCGGCUCACUUGCACGGCCAGCGCUGCCCUCCGUACGUGAUCAACCUGGACCCCGCCGUGCACAGCCUGCCCUUCCCUGCCAACAUCGAUAUCCGGGACACUGUGAAGUACAAAGAAGUCAUGAAACAAUAUGGACUGGGCCCAAAUGGUGGAAUAGUGACCUCUCUCAAUCUUUUUGCUACAAGAUUUGAUCAGGUGAUGAAGUUUAUCGAAAAAAGACAAAACGCAUCCAAGUAUGUCAUUAUUGACACACCAGGUCAAAUUGAGGUGUUCACAUGGUCAGCAUCAGGAACCAUUAUAACUGAAGCUUUGGCUUCCUCUUUUCCUUCUGUUGUUGUUUAUGUGAUGGACACCUCUCGCAGUACUAAUCCUAUCACCUUUAUGUCCAACAUGCUGUAUGCCUGUAGUAUCCUAUACAAGACAAAACUACCUUUCAUUGUUGUCAUGAACAAGACUGACAUUAUUGACCACAGUUUUGCGGUAGAAUGGAUGCAGGACUUUGAGACUUUUCAAGAUGCCCUGAAUCAAGAGACAUCCUAUGUCAGUAACCUGACUCGUUCUAUGAGUUUAGUGUUGGAUGAAUUUUACAGUUCAUUGAAGGUCGUUGGUGUUUCUGCCGUGCUAGGCACAGGACUGGAUGAUUUUUUUGUUCAGCUUUCUAAAGCUGUAGAUGAAUAUGAGAGGGAAUAUCGCCCAGAAUAUGAGCGUCUGAGGAAAACAUUGGAGAAAGUUCAAAAUAAACAAAAGAGAGAUCAGCUGGAACACUUGUGGAAGGACAUGGGCACUGUGUGUAUGCAGGGCAACAACACACUUGCAGGGUCUGAUGAUGCUUCUGCAAUGGGUCCCUCUGAGCUGAUCCUAACACGAGGAACUCUUGAUGAGGAAGAAGAAGAGAGGGAGAGUGAUACUGAUGACAUUGACCAUGAAGUUACUGAGGAGAGUCAUGAAGAACCAGCCUUCAGAAAUUUUAUGCAAGAGACACGGAUGAAAUACCAGAGAAGAAGCAAUCAGAAUGAAUCAGACCCUCAGAAAUAAAGGGUUUGGAGUCCAUUAAAAUGGAAUUAACAGUAAAGAAACAGCAUAAAGAAAUUUGCGUGGAACCAUGCAUGAAGUCUUAUGCCUAUGAACAGCUUCCUACGAUACAUUGAUACUGUAUCUGUCUUUCUUCCUGCAGUAACUGUUGGUCAUAUGAGUAGAAGGUUUUAUAUCCAACUGACUGUACAUUUGGUCAUCUGCCACUGUGACUUCCUAAAGCUGAAGGAAACAGAUUGCACUUUCUUUUGUUUCAAAUUGUUUAGAUAUGUCUGUUGAGAGCUUAGAUUUUGAGUUUUGAGAGCAUUAUAAUCUUACUGGUUUCCAGAAGUGCAGUGUGUUCACCUCAUGCAGACAGGUGUGUGAUACAUCCAGGACAGAAGUGAAACCUCCACAGCAUGAAACGCCUGAUAUGUAUGUGUUCUUUUUUUCUGAGAUAGUGAUCUAAAGGGCAUCUCUCAUGUUUUGUUCCCUGCCCCCCCCCAAGUAUUAUGGUUUUGGACAUAAAAAUGUAAGGUCUUUUAGAGAAGUAGACAAGCUUAAUUUAGUCUAUAAAUAAUUGAAAGCAAAGUAGUUUAAUAAUAUUCCAUCAGCCUAGUGUUUGAUACUUUAUUUUUAAUUAAAUAUAUUUUAUGAA